AUGAUUGCCAGACUAACAGGUUCAUACCUACCAACGCGCUCCAUAUCACGCUUGGUAGAAAAAGUUAAAAUGACUCCUAUUCCAGCGGUUCAGAAAGCUGUCCUCAUCAGAGAGACUGGUGGACUUGAUGUGCUACGUUACGAGCAGGACUUCCCCGUGCCAAAGAUCGGCAACAACGAGAUUCUGAUCAAAAACAAGUAUGCGGGCAUAAACUACAUCGAAAGUUACUUCCGUAAGGGAAUUUACCCUUCGAAGAAGCCAUAUGUGCUUGGCCGUGAGGCCUCUGGUGUCGUCGUGGCCAAGGGCGAUGCCGUAACGAAAUUUGAUGUCAAUGAUAAGGUCGCCUACCUCUCGUCCAACACCUUUGCGCAGUACACCAAGAUUUCCGAGGCAGGAACCGUUUCCAAGGUGCCACAAGACUCUACAGACGAGCAGCUGAAGUUAUACGCAGGUUCGCUGGUACAGGCCUUGACGUCUCUGGCCUUUGUCAGGGAGGCAUACCCUGUAAAAAAGGGUGACUACAUUCUGCUGUACGCGGCCGCGGGCGGCGCGGGUCUUGCCUUCAACCAAUUCCUUAAAAAGGCAGGCGCCCACACCAUUGCGGUUGCUUCGACGGACGAGAAGCUGCAGCUGGCCAAGGAGUAUGGCGCUGAGUUCCUGAUCAACUCCUCAAAGGACGACGUGCUGGCCCGAGUCCUGGAGAUCACAAAUGGGCAAGGUGUCGAAGCAGCAUUCGAUAGUGUUGGUAAGGAUACUUUCGAAACCUCCCUGAAGGCGCUCAAGAGGAAGGGCACACUAGUGUCCUUUGGCAAUGCUUCGGGGCCUGUCCCCCCUGUCGCAAUUAACAUUCUCACCCCCAAGAACAUCAAGCUAUUACGGCCCUCAUUAUUCGGCUACAUUGCUACUCAUGAGGAGUGGGAAAGCUAUUCUAGCGAGCUAUUCGAUCUUUUGCACUCUGGCGCUCUUAAAAUUCUGAUUUCAAAGACCUACCCUCUUGAAGAAUACAAUCAAGCUGCCGAGCAAUUGGAGUCCAGAAAGACUGUUGGCAAGCUCAUGCUUGAAAUCUCUCAGGAUUGA